AUGGAUUCGAAUCUCAAUGCUGGCCCGUCUCAGUCGCGCCCUCUCCAGUCCUCCUCAGACCGCAACCGAGCUCCCGCCGUCUCGGCUGCCAGCCUUGCCGGGCCAGCAACACCAUCUGAGCUGGAUGCCCCGGCCGACGAGUAUUUCGGUCCUCUCGGCUCGGCCCCUCUGCCAGGGUCACGAGUCUCUACAGCCUCCCACGGCUGGCCCAGCGGCGGGGGUGCAACGUUCGACGCCCAUGCUCCAGACCGCUCGCGACGACCUAGCAUUAGGAUCCGACGAAGCUCCCCUAGUCUAUCACAGUCUACGUCCAGUAUACAAGAUGCUGCACCCUCUCCCCAGCAAAAAGGAGGACGCAAUGGAAGAGAUGAGGCCCCACGGAGAGCCAGACCGCGGAGUGCUUCGCAGCCCGAGCCGGCACCAGCCCCCGUGAGAGACGUGGCAGCCAGGGGUGCGAGGAACUUCCGCCGCGCGCAGCCGCAGAUUGCGCUGCCCAGACUGACCGAGGAAGGAGCACGACCGACCAUGGCCGAGUUGGGGUUGGAAGGGACGUCGCCUUCGGGUCCGGGUGUGGCCUCUCCGCAUGACCCGGCGCUUGAUAGAAGGCACAGUGAUGGGGAAGCCGCCGCUGAUGAAGCUGACAGUGCAAAGCCGAGGAGGGGCAUUGUCGGGAGGCUAUUGAAACCGAGUUUCAGACGGGCGUCUGUAGCUGCUCCUGCGCCUGCGCCGCCGGCCGAGGGGGUAGGUUCGGGCGAAACGGACGAGUACAACGAUGAGCUUGUGGACUGGUUGGACAUUAUUGAUCCCGAGGUCCAGACCCUGUCAACACUGACCAACGUGCAAAAUUCUCUCUUUGUCCCUGACCUAGGAAGCUGGGUGAAUCGACGGCCGACAUAUGUCCUCUCCCAGACGGAUGCGCCCAUGCCACGACCAACCUCAGCAAAGGAACCCAUUCAGCCACCAGAGCAAGCGCCAACAAUUCGCGAAGAGGAAGAGGAGGAAGAAGAAGCCGCUGGACCAGAGGAGAAGGGGGAAGAAGAAGAAGAAGAAGAAGAAGAAGAAGACAAAAAACCCUACCUCCAACGGACAGAUACCAUUACCUCGCGACUAUCAGACUCGCACUAUGCGGCGCUGCCCCACGGAAGAAAGCUAGAAGGCUGGUCGGCAGCCGAGAAGUGGGAACUAGAUGAUUACGUUCGCCACAUGUUGCAUUCACGACGGUCCCGAUUCAAGCGGCAGAUGAAGGGAUUCGGACAAUACGUUCGGCGGCCCCUGGGUUUCUUCGUGACGCUCUACGCGACGCUGAUUACCCUGUUUGGUUUGGCCUGGGUUCUGUUUCUCAUUGGAUGGAUCUACGUAGGCGAACAACAGGUCUACGCUAUCCACAUCAUCGACAGCGUCCUGGUUGCGCUGUUUGCCAUCAUGGGCGACGGCCUGGCGCCCUUCCGAGCCGUCGAUACUUACCACAUGAUCUUCAUCGCACGAUACUCCCGCAAGAUUGCCAACGCAAAGAAGAAGGCUGCCAAGGAACUCGCACGAACCGAUUCCACGCCCGAUGCGCAAAACCCGGAUCCCUCGGAAAAGAAACCAAGCACCCCUCCUCCUCCACCCCCCCAAGACGAGCAACAAAAGACAGCACGAUCCAACGACUUUCCAAUCGUGCACCAACCUUCCAACGCCGACGGCAUACCUCCCGUCACCAUGGACGGCGACAACAACCCCGAAAUCGACCUUGAAGACGCCAAAUCCGAAACCUACUCCCUCGACUACGACUACCUUACGCCCAAGCAGCGCAAAUCCCUCCAACACCAUCAAACCAAGCUCUCCAAGUCGCACAGUUUCUACAAACCGCACGAGACAUUUACCCACCACGCCUUCCCACUCGGCCACCUCAUCGCCAUCAUCGUCCUGCUGGACUGCCACUCGUGUCUGCAAAUUUCGCUGGGCGCAACAACCUGGGGGAUCGACUAUCACCACCGUCCAUUCGCCAUCACCACGGUGAUUCUGUGCGUGAGCAUCACGUGUAAUUUGACGGCCGGGCUGGUGAUUAUGUUUGGGGACAGAAAGACGCGCAAAAAGGAUGUCGUGGAGCUGCUGGAGAGACAGGCGCUCACCCGCGAUGCCAUCAAGAAGCUGGAGCGGAAGAGGGAAAAGGAAGCCACCCCGGAGGAAUCGGUAAAGGAGCACGACAGCACGGGCCAGCAGGUUGAUGACGACGCUGCCGCAGCGGACAGGGAUGGAGUCAAGGGAAAGGACAAGGAGAUUUGA